AUGUCCACAUUUGACGACUCGUUCGACGACUCAGUCGUACAAACCGAGUCAAAUCGGCCGUUUGAUGAUGACUUUCCCUACGUAGGCCACUAUUCGCAGCCCUUGGACGACUCAUUCGCUGCCGGCAACGAUUUUUUCGAGUCGCAGCCACCGAUCUCUCCUCAAGAGAACGGUGGGUUUGGUGGAUCGGAGGGUCCAAUUUUGCCACCACCGUCGGAGAUGGAGGCCGAUCAGGGAUUUGCUCUAAGAGAAUGGAGAAGGCAAAAUGCGAUACUGUUGGAGGAUAAGGAGAAGAGGGAAAAGGAGGUAUUGAGCCAAAUAAUCAAGGAAGCUGAAGAUUAUAAAGUUGAAUUUUACAGGAAGAGGGAGAUCACUUGCGACAAUAAUAAAACCAGUAACAGGGAAAAAGAGAAGAGUAAUGCAAAUGUUAUUUUAAGCUUUCAUUUGAGCAAGCUGUAUAAGUCUGUGCAUGUAAAGGACUCUAAUAUGAUCGAUGGGAAGGAUUAG